AUGACGUCCCGACACUUGACGCCAUAUUUGUCUGUUGAUUCACUUGAAGCUAGUGACAAAACUGAGCCUUUAUAUCAUCCUACUGUUAAUCCGUGCGUACUUAGUUGGAAGAAUCUCACUUACGCCGUCAAGACAAGAAAGGAUAGAAAACUCAUCCUUAACAAUGUUACUGGACGGUGUGCACCAGGUGAACUCACAGCUAUUAUGGGUCCAUCCGGUUCGGGUAAAACAACACUUGCUGAUCUAUUAGCUGAUCGAAUAAGUUCAGGAGAAAUGACGGGUGAGAUUGAAUUAAAUGGUACUGAUCGUAUCUCGACAACUUUUCGGGCUUUAACUAGCUACGUGGCUCAAGAAGAUUCAUUACUUGGAUCAUUUACAGUACAAGAAACAAUGUCUAUGGCUGCAAAAUUGAGUUUGCCCAACAAGAUUUUAGUUACACAGAUUGAAACUCGUGUAAAUGAAGUUAUUGAAGCUAUGGGAUUGACCACUUGUCGUCAUACAUUAGUUGGUGAUAUUUUUCGAAAGGGAUUGUCUGGUGGUCAAAAGCGACGUCUUAGUAUUGCAAUUGAAUUAUUAUCAAAUCCAAGUAUUUUGAUUUUAGAUGAACCUACAAGUGGUUUGGACUCAAGUGCGACAUAUAACGUGAUGAAGUUUAUAGCUCAGUUAUGUACUGAAGGUAAAACGGUGAUAUGUACAAUCCAUCAACCAUCAUCGCUAGUCUACGAACUCUUUUCGAACGUUAUCGUGUUAUCAGCAGGUCAGAAUGUAUACUGUGGUCCACGUCGCUUGAUGAUUCCACACUUUGCAUCUGUUGGUUACGAAUGUCCUAUGUAUAUGAAUCCAGCUGAAUAUUUCAUUAGUCUUGUCAAUACAGACUUUGAGAAUCAUGCCGACGUGCCGAAACUUGUACAAUUGUACGAACAGAGUGAAAUUUGCAAAGAAGUAAGUACUCGCAUCGAAAGUGACCACAAGACAUUACAUGGAUUACCACAUAUUGAAAAGCCAUUGCCGUCUUCAUUGCGCCAAUUUCAUGUGCUCAUGUAUCGCAACACAUUAAACAAUAUUCGAAAUCCUGGUAUCUAUUGGAUUCGAUUGUUCAUGUAUUUCUGUCUUAGCUUCAUGGUGGGUACAAUGUACUUGAGUACAAACAAUGAGCUUUCCGAAGAAGAUUUAGUUCCACUACUUUUCUACGUUCAAGCAUUUCUUGUGUUUAUGUCUGUGGCAGUACUUCCAUUUUUUAUCGAACAACGUGCAGUAUUUGCUCGAGAACGGGCCAAUAGCUCGUUAAAUGUCCUCAGCUAUGUAUGUGCUAACUUUCUAGCAACAUUGCCGGGUAUCUUCUUGAUUGCAGUGAUGUCAACGACUCUUGUGGUUUUACUAGCGGAUUUGAACGCAUUUGUGUAUUUUUUGCUGAAUCUUUUUCUUUCACUCGUCGUUUCGGAAUCAAUGAUGCAUGUCAUUGGUGCUGCUGUUCCUCAUUAUAUCAUUGGAAUUGCACUUGGUGCGGGUGUGUUUGGAAUGUUUAUGUUAUGUGAAGGAUUUAUGAUUCCUUCUGCUUCAAUUCCGACUUAUUGGAAGUUUGGUUAUUAUCUUGCAUUUCAUUCCUAUUCAUUCGAGUCUUUUGUCUUUAAACAGUUUGAAAAUGAAACAUCAGAUGCAGCUCGAGGCAUUUUGAUGAAAUAUGGCAUGGAAGACGUCAAUGUCUUACGAAAUAUGGCUUUCCUCGUUUUGUAUAUUCUAGUUUUUCAGAUUACUUUUGCUAUUCUUUUGUGGAAAUUUCACACAGGGCGUCGUUAG